CCAGAGCCGACGCUCCCGCGGCCGUAUAAAUGGCCGGCGAGGGCUCCCUGCUGCUGGGCCCCUAGCGGCGAAUGAAGUUUCUGCCUCUCGGCAAGUUCCUGGUGCAAAACAGAGGCGCUGCGGAAGCAGAGUCGGCUCAGCUCCAUGGCCUUCAUUCGGAAGCGACGGCGGGAGCCGGACCUCUACUCCAAAGAGAGAUUUUCCUUAUUACUCCUUAAUCUGGAAGAAUAUUACUUUGAACAACAUACAGCUAAUUACAUUUUAAAGAAAGAUGCCAAGGGAAUAAGGAAAAUUAAAGGAUCGUUUAAAAUUUGCUCAAAAUCAGUGAUAUUUGAGCCUGAUGAAAUAAGCCACCCCAUUAUUAAGAUUCCUUUGAGAGAUUGUAUUAAAAUUGAAGCACCAGAAGAUAGUGGGAAUUAUUCCUUUACAAGUGAUACUUCUGGGCAGAUUGCUAUUUUAUCUAGUCAAGCUUUUCUCACUAAAGAACAAAAUAUCAUCGCACCCUUUAAAACCGAAAGAGGUCAAACUAAAUAUGUAUUUGAACUGGAUGUUGCUGGAAAAGUUGAAGAUGUCAUACAAACACUUCACCAAUUAUACAGAGCAUCGCACUUGGACAAGCUAGGGGACCAGGCUGCUAUGAUAACUGCUAUUCUACAGUCACGUUUGGCCAGAACAUCAUUUGAUAAGAACAGAUUUCAGAAUGUUUCUGAAACACUGCAUAUGGAAUGUAAAGCGGAAAUGGUCACUCCAUUAGUAACUAAUCCAGGACAUGUAUGCAUCACUGAUGCAAACCUUUAUUUCCAGCCUCUCAAUGGCUAUCCUAAACCUGUGGUACAAGUGACACUCCGUAGUGUCAGACGCAUCUAUAAAAGAAGACAUAGCCUGUCACCUUUGGGCCUGGAAGUAUUUUGCACCGAGAAUGAUUUAUGUUCAGAUAUCUAUUUGAAAUUCUACAACACUGAGGACCGAGAUAAUGUCUUUUUCUACGUGUCAACAUAUUUAGAAAAUCAUAUUACGGAGCACACCGCGGAGAGCUACAUGUUACAAUGGCAACGAGGGCAUAUCUCAAACUACCAAUACCUUCUUCAUCUCAAUAAUCUGGCUGAUCGGAGCUGCAAUGAUCUUUCCCAGUACCCUGUCUUUCCAUGGAUCAUAGCAGAUUAUUCUAGUUCAGAACUAGAUCUAACAAAUCCUGAAACUUUUCGUGAUCUUAGUAAACCUGUAGGUGCACUAAAUAAAGAAAGAUUGGAAAGAUUACUGGUACGUUAUGAAGAAAUGCAAGAACCAAAAUUUAUGUAUGGCAGCCACUACUCAUCACCAGGUUAUGUUCUCUUUUACCUGGUCAGAGUUGCACCAGAGCAUAUGCUUUGCUUACAAAAUGGAAAGUUUGAUCAUCCUGACAGAAUGUUCAACAGUAUUGCAGAAACCUGGAAGAACUGUUUAGAUGGAGCAACAGACUUCAAAGAGUUAAUCCCUGAGUUCUAUGAAAAUGAUUCUGGUUUCUUAUUAAAUAAUCUGAAACUGGACUUGGGGAAGACACAAGGAGGAAAGAUGGUUGACAAUGUAGAACUUCCUCCUUGGGCAUCAGAUGCCAGUGAUUUUCUUCAGAAGAGUCAAGAUGCUUUAGAAAGCCAGUAUGUGUCAGAACAUCUUCAUGAAUGGAUUGAUCUUGUGUUUGGCUAUAAACAGAAGGGUAAUGAAGCCGUUGCAGCUCAGAAUGUAUUUCAUCCUUUGACCUAUGAAGGAGGAGUAGAUCUGAACAGCAUUAUGGACACAAAUGAAAGAGUAGCUCUGUUGACACAAAUCUUGGAAUUUGGGCAGACUCCAAAACAAUUGUUCACAAUCCCACAUCCAAGAAGGAUAAUCCCAAAGUUAAAAAGUUGGUCUCGAUCAUCCAGCCAUAGCCCUUCUGUGACUGAAUCUUCAGUCUCUCCAGGUGAAGAAUCUUUUGAGGAUCUGACAGAAGAAAGCAUCUUACUUUCCUGGAAUAACAUGGGCAGUUUAAAACUUGAUGGACAGUACAAGAUCCACAAAGGGCCAAUAACUGGAAUUGCCAUGUGUUCUACUUCUAACCAAUCUUCCAUCUUUACUACAUCUCAAGAUUCAACUUUGAAGAUGUUUUCGGCAGAUUCAAAAAUGCUUCAGAGGAGCAUGUCUUUCUCAAACAUGGCUUUGUCGUCUUGUUUAAUCUUACCAGGGAAUAGCACCGUUGUAUGUUCUUCAUGGGACAAUAAUAUCUAUUUCUACUCAGUAGCCUUUGGAAGGCAGCAGGACACCUUAAUAGGGCAUCAUGACGCCGUCAGCAAAAUCUGUUGGCAUAAUAAUCGUUUAUACUCUGCAUCUUGGGAUUCAACAGUAAAAGUGUGGCAUUGUAAUCCAACAGAAUUAUUAAACACUAAGAAACAUUUUGAAUUGCUUGCUGAAUUGGAACAUGAUGUUAGUGUAACAACUAUCACCUUGAAUCCUGCAUAUACUCUGCUAGCAUCCGGAACAAAAGAUGGAACUAUUAGUAUAUGGGAUGUUACUGCUGCUUCUAUAGUGCAUCGCCUUCCGUGCCAUUCAGGAACUGUUUUCGAUGUUGCCUUCAGUCCUGAUGGCCAGCACCUAUUAAGCACAGGAGAAGAUGCCUAUUUUAAAGUAACAGAUGUGCAAACUGGAAUGAUUAUCUCUUCUGUAGCUUUGGAGCAAACUCAAAGAUGUUUCAAGUGGGAUGGACACAUAGUUUUAUCAGGAAGUCAGUCAGGAGAAUUGUUUGUUUGGGAUAUACUUGAAGGAAAAACAGUAGGAAAAAUUCCAGGACAUGCAGGUGCUGUGACUUGUAUGUGGAUGAAUGACCAGUGCAGCAAUAUAAUUACUGGAGGAGAAGAUAGGCAAAUUGUGUUCUGGAAACAGCAAUACUAAGUGCUUUUUCUCUGAUCUCAAUACUUAAUAUUUUAAACCAGAAUUUUAAAAGGACCUUGCCUAAAUGUAAAAAUGCUUUCUAUAGUUCAAACAGAACUUCUGGUACCCUUCUCCCACCCUUUUCCUGUUGUGUAUUGAUGAAGACUCUAAAAUGUUACAAAUGUCUGUAUGUUCUUGCCUAUUUACUGAAGUAAUACUGUAACAGCUUGAGGUACUUUGUCUUAUACUCCUGUUGAAAAUAAACUUAUUUUUCAGUAACCAAUAUGUUCUAACUUGAAAUCAUACUACUCUAUAUAUUGUUCCUUUUGUAUGUUUUGUCUUAAAGUCAGGUUGAUGCCUGGUGACUGCCUAUACAAAUUCCUGCAGUUUUCUUGGCAUUAUUUUGCCAAUAUUACAAUCAGGAAACUACUGGGCUGGUUUGCCAUUGUCUUUUCCUUAGGGCUGAGAGAGAAAAUGAUUGGCCAAAGUGAACCAGUGGGCUUUGUGCCUAAGAAUCCACGGUCUCCUGCUUUCUAACUAACAGGAUUUUGUUCAGUUUUAUGUACUUUGCAGAAAUAUUUUCCCUAAACUUCCAUCUCAAUAUGAUGUUUCUGUUGUUUCACCCUAUAAACCAUUCACGAUCAACCAGCCAUUUGAUUGCUAAAUCAACAACUUGACAACUUUGUAUUUUAGUUGGGAAAGUCUCUUUUUUCCCCUGAUUUUAUAAAGCUGCUUGGAAUAAUAUAAAUCAGCUGGUAGGAUUACAUUGUUCCAUUUUUUUUUUGUGGACUAGCACACAUUUCUUAUCAAACACCUUCCCACCUUCUUACUAAGGGUUAUCUAUAUAUUGCCAUGAUUUGGCACUCAAAUCUUUCUACCAAGUGCCAGGGAGUUUAACAUUCUCAUCCACAUAUAUCAGGUCUGAUCUAGAGCGCUCAUGAUUUCUCCCUUACCAUUUUUUCCUUUCGCUGACCUCUAGCAUCUCUAUGCAUCAGUAUUUGGACUGGGGAGUAUUUCAUUUAUUAAUAAAUAUUUAACAAUGUUAAAACAGUAAUUAUCACCCUACCUUUCGUUAAGUCAAGUGCUGCAGUUUAAUCUCUUGAGAAAUUUAUCAACUCUGAUGAUUUAUUGGCCAGACCAAAACAUGAAUCCUUUUUCAUUGUCCUCUGGAAACCAAUAUAAAAUGUGCUUGCAAAGUCACUACUGAAUCCCAUUCAAAUGCUGAUCUUUCUAUAUACUGUAGUACUUAAACUUAUACUGUUUAUUAUUUAAAAUAUACUGUUUUAAUAAAUCUCCCAAACGUUUUGCUUCUGCUUAGAGGUAGUAGUGGUAAAUACUGUUUAUUUGCAAUAACAUAGUUUAACAUUAUCAUCUAGUUCACCUUCUAAGGUGAUCAGUUUAAUAGAAAAACAUGUUAUUAAAUUGACCAUGAUUAAAUUCCCAAUGAUUCUUCAUUAGUAUGUGCCAAUAAAUCAUUCAACUUUUCAGACGUAAUUUUAUUUUAAUGCAGAUACGAUUGCUA